AUGAAUCUGGACUCAUCGUCAAUAAUACUUCUAUCCAUAAAUUUCGUUCAGGUGAUUUUUAUAUUAUUUCUUUUAACGCCAUUCUUUGAUAUAGUAACUCUUUCCAAGAAUAUUAAACUCCUCCAAGACACCAAUGUUCUUACGCUUCCGUUAGCCCUCCUCUACGUUGCUACUAUAAUUACGUCUGGGAUUAUUACACCUACGAAAACAUUAAGUGAAUUGAAUUCCGCUUGGAAGCGAGAAAACACAGCAAAUAACAAACUGCGAAAUAUAAUAGCUACAACAAACGCAUCUCGAAACUACAUCCUCGGUUCGUUCUCUUUGUUUUUCCUCCUCGUUACUUUAAGGAUAAUUGAGUUUUUAAAGUUCUCUGCGAAAUUGGUGGAAUUUUCACAUUUGAUGGCAAACUAUGAUCUUAUCGAUGUAGCGUAUAUCAAUAAUAAUAAUCCUAUUGAUUUGGAAGAUUCAAAUUGUCUGGAAGAAGAUAAUUUUAAGGAUUACGAUAUUGUUCGUUGGCCAUCGGCUAUUGAUUUCAAUGAGGACGAACAGAAUAUUGCACAAAAUUACUUUAAAUUGAAUCCAAAGUGUGAUGUUUCAGAACUCAACUUAAAGCGUGAAACAAAAAUAAUUAAAAUCGGAGAAGAAACAAAUUUUGAAAGCGCAACAAUAAGUAAGGAUACAUUGUUUACUCUUACCUCUGAAAAAUCAAAAGGCGAUUAA